UUAUGCAGUUAACCGUCCUUGGAUUGAACAUCGCUGUCGCUCUUGUUGCAGUGCAGGCGACGUCAGAGAGCAGAAGUAAGAGACAAGUUGUCGGACCCGAAGUACUUCCGAACUCGGUAGUGAGAGUACCGUUCACGAUGUGCCAGGCUAAUUUCAACGACAUGGUUCCUUGCACGGUGUCCCCACUCGCAGUAGACUGUUUCCAAGCGAAAGGAACCUGCUGCCGGGGAGCGUGCGUCUGCAACUCUUAUCCGAACCCAUGCAUCAUGGAGGUUAACCCAUACAUGGGGCGUCGAAAGCGUGCUGUCCUGGCGCGUUCCUACUCACACGAUAUUAAUCGAUGCAAGCAUUCCUGCCUUCGAGGCUGCGGUACGCCUUACUGUUCGCCAGGUUCCAGCCGGAACUCCUGCAAAAAGGCGUGCCUGCAGAGGUGCCUUGAAGAGUGCGACAAUUGACAGGGGUGGAGCUCUUUCUUCUGAUGAAUCUACCGAUUAUCAGUGAGCUAAUAAA